AUGACCAGAAGCAAAGGCGGAAAGCGAGUUGCCAUUGUCGGCGCUGGCAUUUUCGGUCUCUCGCUGGCUGUGGCACUGAACCGCAAAGGUCAUCAUGUGACCAUCUUUGACCAAUAUGCGUACGACCAGACCGGAUACCAGCCCUCAGAGUCCGACCGCAAAUUAGUAGCCUCCAUCGACCACAACAAGAUCUUUCGUGCAUCCUACGGCAAGAAGAUCGCCUAUCAGCAGCUUGCCCUCGAAAGUCGAAAGCAAUGGCUGUUGAUCAACGAAGAGAUAGGCGCUGAGCAGAGCAGAGCGUUCGUACCAUGCGGCAUGCUACGCGUUCAGGCCACGUCAGAAUUGUCUGCGCUGGAGAAGGAAACGCUCGCCAGCAUGGAGAGGGAUGGAAUCCGUGACACGCAAUUUGUGAAGGGUGAUCCGAACGACCGACAGCGGGCCACCGACCUGGGCUGGGGAAACAAGUUGCUUGACUUUGCGAUCCCGGCAGAUGAUGAGGGACGUUCUUUCGAGGCUGUUCUGGAUUCCUUAGCCGGAUUCACCAGGUCUUCGGAUGGGUGUGCCUAUUAUCAAGAGUUGGCCAAGCAUGAAGGCGUGCAGUUCUGCCUUGGCGAGAAGCAGGGAUGCUUUGCCUCACUCAUCGAGACUACUCGAGAGGGCAGAAAGAAGGCCACUGGACUGAAGACUGCUGAUGGAAAUGUUCACGAAGCGGAUACAGUAGUAAUUGCUGCCGGUUCCUUCUCGACACAGCUUCUACCUGAUCUCUCAUACCACAUCGAGUCCUCAGCAGGGAGCAUUGCCACGUUCAAGAUCGAUAACGGAAAUGAAGCGCUGUGGAACAAGUACUCACCUGAGCGAUUUCCAGUCAUGACGUGGAAGAGUGCGCCUCGCAACAAGGAUGGAAAAGACAUUGGCAGCGUCUAUGUCUUUCCGCGGACCCCAGACGGGCUGAUCAAGAUUGGAUAUCGAGGUGUCAAGUUCACGAAUUUUGAACCUGCUCCAGAAAAUGUGCCCUUCACGCAGCAUGGCAAAUGGUCGAUUCCUCUUCCACCAGCCGACUGCAAGAAUAUACCCGACGCUGCGGCGGAUGCUGUUAGGAAUUUUGUUUCCAUCUUUCUCCCAGAGUUUAAGGACGCCCCAUUCCACGCAACACACAUGUGCUGGUACACCGACACGCUGGAUAACUCUUUCCUCAUUGACUACGUCCCCACAUACGCCAAUGACUCUGUUUUCGUCUGCACAGGCGGUAGUGGUCACGGCGCUAAGUUCAUGCCUGUGCUCGGUGAUCAUGCGGCUGACAUCUUCGAGAACAAGAUGAGAGCGACAACGCCUAUGUACGAGCACUGGCACUGGAGAGAGGACGCCCCUCGCCGCAACGGACUGGAAGAGGGUCCUGGUGGCCCUCGAGAUAUUGGAUCUGUUGCCUGA